CAACUCCUCCAGCUCCUCCAACUCCUCCAGCUCCUCCACUAUGACCUGGAGAAGUAGAACUAGUCCCUUCUCUACAAUGCAGUUCCUCCCGACUAGAUACCAGAAACCAGCUGCUAGCCCUAGUGCAGAAUGUGUGCCGAAGUGGGUUGAGAUACUCCCAGCUGCAGGAGGUAUCUGGAGUAUGAUCAAGACUCUGAGAGAACGAGGAAAUCAUGAGAUAGCUGAUAAACUUCAGCUUGCUGCAGAGAAACAGGCUGAGGCACAUCUAAGAACUGAACAAAUUCUCUCCCGACGACGAAGUCCUAAGUCCAGCUACUCCAGUAACUCCAGCUACUCCAGCUCUGCGGCUAGAACUCCAGCUAGAAGAGAAACAACUCCCAGUUCAGCUCCGAAUGAAAAGGUAGAGAAGGAGUCCUCCAAGAACAACUGGGGGAAUGAGGAGGAUUGCAAGACAUAUGAGGUCGAGUCUCACGAAGAGGAGGAGGAAGAAACCAGGAGUAGACUUACAAUUCCAGUGUCACUUGUGAUGCAACCUCCAACUCCACUUCCCAGGAGUCCGGCUCCGGAACCGGAAACUGAACUCAGUUCCGGGAUUAAGGUAAACCUGGACCCCCUGACUAGGAACCCGAACUCCUGUUACCAUAACAGACUGGAUACUUACUCAAACUCAAAAUUCAGAUGGACAUCUCCCUCCCCGUCUGAACUGGCAGAAGCAGGCUUCUACUUUAUUGGACCCAGUGACUGUGUCCAAUGCUUUUCCUGUGAAACCUGUCAGAAACACUGGAAACCUGCAGAGGAUCCCUGGGUCCGGCACACAAGAAGAUCUCCGUCCUGUGACUACGUGAUAGAGUCACGUGGCGAGGAUUUCAUUGCUAAGAUCCUCUCCGAGGUGAAACAGCUGGCCUACUCGAGGUCGGGUAGUAACACCAGCCUCAAGGGGAAGCAGGAGGACAAUGUACCGGAGUUCACAAAGAUGAAGAACGGUCUACUGAAUACACAGGCCAAGUUACGAGAGACAAGACGUCCAUCCUCCUCCGGCUGGAGACUGGAUCCGUACAAGGAGAGAAAUGUUGGAGGAACCGCGUCAAGAAAGAAGAAAAAUUGAUGCAAAUAAAUUCAUUGUUAUUAUUAUUAUUUAUAAUGUACUAUGUAUGUAAUUUUUACUCGAGGUACAAAAAAUUUGUUUAACUAUUGA